GGCCUGCCGGUACCUGUCAGGGCUGCGCGGCCCGACAGCAAACGGCGGUUCCAGUUCCGAUUGCCGGCACGGAGACGCCAGGCUGCAGGCUCCGGCGGGUCGAGGAGCCACAACUACAGCCCCGAGGACCCGGCGGAUCCCGCCCGCUCCGGCUCCUUCCUCUGCGCAUGGGCCCCGGGUGGCACCGCCCGGCCCUGGCAAGAUGGCGGCGCUGCUAUGGCGGCCCUGCCGGGGAUUCCUGGGUCUCCGCGCCGCCCGCCCGGCCCUUGCCGUGGCCGCCGCUCCUCCGCCGCGCCGCGCCGACGCUCUGCCGGGACCCCCACGGCCGCUGAGCUUUUCGGCGGCCGAGCUGGUUCGUGCCGCGCCGGGCCCGCUGCAGCCCUACCUGCGCCUCAUGCGGCUGCACCAGCCCGUCGGGACGUGGCUGCUGUACCUGCCGUGCACCUGGAGCAUCGGCUUAGCGGCCGAGCCAGGGUGCCUGCCGGACUUCCCCAUGCUGUCCCUGUUCGGCGUCGGGGCCGUGCUGAUGCGCGGAGCCGGCUGCACUAUCAAUGACAUGUGGGAUCGCGACUACGACAGAAAGGUGACAAGGACAGCAAAUAGGCCCCUGGCAGCUGGGGAUAUCUCUACUUUUCAGUCCUUCAUCUUUCUUGGGGGACAGCUUAGCUUGGCACUUUGUGUGCUUCUGUGUCUGAAUUACUACAGUAUCGUUCUGGGAGCAGCCUCUUUGUCUCUUGUGAUCACCUAUCCUCUGAUGAAGAGAAUAACAUAUUGGCCACAAUUAGUUUUAGGACUUACGUUUAACUGGGGAGCCCUUCUUGGCUGGUCUGCCAUCAAAGGGUCAUGUGAAUGGUCUGUGUGUCUGCCUUUGUACUUUGCUGGAGUAAUGUGGACACUGCUAUAUGAUACGAUUUACGCACAUCAGGAUAAGAAGGAUGACAUCAUUAUUGGUGUGAAGUCUACAGCUUUACGGUUCCGAGAGGAUACAAAGCAGUGGCUCAGUGGCUUCAGCCUUGCAAUGCUCCUGAGUUUGUGCAUCACAGGAGUGAAUUGUAAUCAGACAUUCCCAUACUACUCAGCUGUGGCUGCCAUAGGAGCUCACCUAGCACACCAGAUUUACACUUUGGACAUAGACAAACCUGAGGAUUGUUGGAAGAAAUUUACUUCAAAUCGUACUGUAGGAGUUCUGCUCUUCACAGGGAUUGUAUUUGGAAAUCUGUGGAAACAAAAAGACUCAAAAAAUGUAGAAGAGCCUUUAGAAAACAGGUAGUUCAAAUUGCUAUAAAUACUGAUAUUUUAGUCCAGCUAAAAUGUAAGUACUGUAAGAAGGAAAACGCUUUUAAUAUAACUACAGCUGCCCAGGAUUUUAUACAAAGUAGAUGUCUCAGUGACAGGGUGUGGGAAAAUGCAAAGUGAUUUCAGGAUGUAAAUAAAGUCUCUAUAUGUUUGGUUUUCUGACUGCA